AUGGCAGACGAAGCGGCGCAUCCUGUUGAGGCACGUCCGCUCGUGCAACCCGCGGCGAACCAAGCGAGGUUGAGAAGCCCUCUCGGGGCCGAACACGGCCAACCCUCCGAUCCCCACCGUCCCGGCCCGGAGCUGACAAAGCGUCUCGGGUCGGGCGAGACACCCCGCGGCCCACCCGCUCCCCGCGCUCCGGUCUCCGCCGACCGAUCGUGCGGUGCUCUGCUCAUCUCAUCUCUCGCAUCCCCCCCCAUCUUCGCGGAGAAAUACCACAAUCCUCAGAUAUCCGCCGAACCCCUCUCUGCGCGCAUUGCGCCCGCCCUGCGCGCCCUUGCCUCAGCCUUGAUUGAUCCUGCGCCGGACCGCGCCAAUGCCUGCGGACCCCCUCCAAGACGCACAUUAGCCCCAGAGCCCCCCGGCCCUCUUUUCCUCUGCACGCGCGGAGGUGUUCCGGCAACAUGCCACGUGCCAGUGAUGGAGGGGUAUGGGCAUGUCACGUCGUGGGCAUGGUUGUGAUGUGAUGGGGGUGGCAUCGGAGGAUCCUUGCGGGGUUGGGGGCCAUGUGAGAAGCAGGGGAUGUUCGCCUUGUCCUCUUCUUGCUUGCUUAGCUCUGGUACACCAUGUACCUAUGAGAGUCCGUGUCACUACUGUAGGUAUGAGCAUGCCUUGCUUCCUCCUCCUCUUACUCCAGCUCUUCCGCAUCGUGCAUAUACGGGAGAAGGCCAAAGGGGAAGUAAGCCAAACAUGCGUCCGCAUUUGUGCGCGCUCCAUGUCCAUCCAGGCCAACAUUUCUGCCCGUGACGGACCUGUGGCCUUCAGAUCGAGCUUGAUACGUACAUAGCACCUUCUGUCUGAUAGCACGACGCCCUCCCCUAGCUUCGUCUGAUGCCCCUGCGCCGAAACCCACAGUUGACGCAAUUCCC